AUGGGCUUCUAUGCGAAGGCAAGGCUGCCUCGCCCAAGCAUCCAUGACCCCUCGGUCAGGCCACGCCGACUGGCUGUGUUGAAGGCGGCAACUAUCAACUUGCUUGUGCUUCAAUUCCUCUUCCUAGGGCUAUUCUGCUACAUCUUUGGAUCCUUGUUCCAACAAAACACACACAUUCACAAUAUCAAUAUCCUUUUCGUCGACUACGACGGCGGUUCCAUAGGAGCAGCAGUCGGCGAUGCCUACCAAGAGCUAAAGGGGCCGAGUUUUCCAACCCUGGACGAGCGCCCGCCCCUGGCCUACCCUGAACCCAACUCCAUUGCUUCCGCGGUAUGCAACAUUAAAUUCUGGGGCGCUUUGUAUAUCACCGCCAACUCAUCGAAUGACCUCACUGCAGCUCUCGGGGGUGGAUCCGCUGCCUCAUCAUACAAUGCGAGCGAUGUUCUCACUAUAGUCUGGAACGAAGCACGCUACCCGGCAACUGCCGACGCUGUCGUCUACGACACGUUGGCCACUCUCUCAGAAGCUGCGCGAGUUGCUUACAUGAGAACCAACGCAAAGCAAGCUAUCCAAUCAGUGAACAGCACAGACGAAGCAGCUCUCGCUAUCUACUCCACGCCGUGGACACUGACCUCCGUGAAUCUUCAACCAACCUCCCAAGGAUCACGCCUCAUCUACAACACACUCGUCAUCAUCCUAAUCCUGAUCCAGGAAUUCUUCUACCUGGGUUACGUCAAUGGUCUUUAUCUCCAAUUCAACCUCUACGCCUCCGUGACCCCCCAUAGAAUCGCCAUUGUGCGACAAAUCAUCUCCGGCGUGUACACAUUCGUCGGGUCCUUGUGCACCUCAGGCGCAAUAUGGGCCUUCCGAAGUGGCUGGAACGUCAAUGGAGGGCAGUUCAUGCUCACAUGGAUGGUAUUAUGGCUGUUUGCGCAUCUGAAUUUCCUCGUUCUCGACGUGUUUACUAUCUGGUCGCCCCCGCCUUUCGUGCCGAUGGCAUUGAUUUCGUGGAUCGUGUUGAAUGUCACGUCCAUUCUUCUCCCAUUCGAACUGUCACCGGGAUUUUACAAAUGGGGCUAUGCUUUGCCCGCGCACAGCGUCUUCAAUGUGCUGAUCGAUAUCUGGUCCGGUGGGUGUAAUCCACAGCUUUUCUAUGGACUGCCCGUUCUAUUUGUGUAUGAGAUAUGUGGUCUUGCUCUUAGCACGCUUGGCGUCUAUAGACGCUGUCAUUACGCCAUGAUCAAAUUGGAAAAGGACGCGAAUGAUGUGCAGGGACGAAUUACGGCGUCGAUUGCGGAACAGGAAGAACAAGAAUUGUCGAGGCAGGAGACGGCUCAGGAAUACCCCGAAAGCAGAGUCAGUGAAGGUGAACCUGAAGAGGGGGCUAGGGAGAGACGUGGAACUGUGACUACGAUACCAGAUCAAGGUGAGGUUAUGGAAAUCAUUCGACGAGAGAUGUCACGGCCGAGGGUGGAGACUGCUACUAGUCGGACGAAUAAUGGGCCCUGCUUUGAUCUACCGUUCAGCGAGUAG